AUGCCGCCCUGGCUGCUCGGCGGCCUCUGGUGCGUGUUGGCGGCGCUGGGCGGCCCGGCGCGCGCGGAGCCGGCGGCGGCCGAGGAGGAGGAGAAGCUGAUCCGGGUGCUGGUGCUGCUGCCGCGGGACGACGCCUACCUCUUCUCGCUGGCCCGCGUGCGGCCGGCCAUCGAGUACGCGGUGCGGAGCCUGCGGCAGAGCGGCGCGGGGCUGCCGCCCGGCUACGCCUUCGAGCUCACCUACGAGGACUCGGCGUGCGGCAACCGCGCGCUCUUCAGCCUCGUCGACAUGGUGGCCCUGCGGCGCCGGCGGCCCGACCUGCUGCUGGGCCCCGUGUGCGAGUACGCGGCGGCGCCCGUGGCGCGCCUCGCCGCGCACUGGGACGUGCCCAUGCUGUCGGCGGGCGCCCUGGCCGCCGGCUUCGGCGCCAAGGGCGGCGAGUACUCGCACCUGACCCGCGUGGCGCCCGCCUACGCCAAGAUGGGCGAGAUGCUGCUGGCCCUCUUCAGGCACCACCAGUGGAGCCGCGCCACGCUGCUCUACAGCGACAGCAACCCCGAGCGCAGCUGCUACUUCGCCAUGGAGGGCGUCCACGUGGUCUUCCAGGAGGAGGCCUUCCACAUGGCCGUGCACAGCUUCGACGAGAGCAGCCGCCACCUCGACCUGGACGACGUGGUGCGCGCCGUGCAGGCCGGCGAGCGGGUUGUAAUCAUGUGUGCCAGCGGUGACACAAUCAGGAACAUCAUGUUAGCUGCUCAUCGACAAGGAAUGACCAAUGGGGACUACGCUUUCUUCAAUAUUGAACUCUUCAACAGCUCAUCAUUUGGAAAUGGCUCGUGGAAAAGAGGAGACAAACAUGACCUUGAAGCCAAGAAGGCGUACUCGUACCUCCAGACCAUCACUCUGUUAAGGACAGUGAAACCUGAGUUUGAGAAGUUUUCCUUGGAGGUGAAAAGUUCUGUUCAGAAGCAAGGGCUGCACGAGGAUGAUUACGUGAACAUGUUUGUGGAAGGAUUCCAUGAUGCUAUUCUUCUUUAUGCUCUAGCUUUGCAGGAAGUCCUGAAGUAUGGUUUCAGUAAGAAAGAUGGGGAAAAAAUUGUUCAGCAAACACGGAACAGAACAUAUGAAGGCAUUGCAGGGCAGGUGUCCAUAGAUGCCAAUGGAGACAGAUACGGGGAUUUCUCUGUGAUUGCAAUGACGGACCCAGAGACAGGCACCCAAGAGGUGAUCGGGGACUACUACGGAAAGCAGGGGCGUUUUGAAAUUCGAUCAAAYGUGAAAUAUCCUUGGAGUCACGGCAGGCUGAGACUAGAUGAGAGCCGUGUCUCGGAGCACACRAACAAUACGCCGUGCAAAUCAUCAGGUGGUCUCGGAGAAUCAGCGGUCACAGGAAUAGUUGUGGGCGCUUUGCUCGGAGCAGGAUUGCUAAUGGCUUUUUACUUUUUCAGAAAGAAAUACAGAAUAACUAUUGAAAGACGAACUCGACAGGAGGACUGUAACAUGGGGAAACAUCGACAGUUGYGAGAAGACUCCAUUAGAUCUCAUUUUUCUGCUGCAUAAAGGAGAAGGAAAAUAAUCCCAUUCUUCCUGGAAAAAAAGAAAUUAGGGAAAUGGACACAACCAAAGACAGCAGCGUAUAAAGAAGAGGCUCUCAAAGAACUCACUCUUUUAAGCAGUAAUUUUAUCUUAAUUUCU